AUGAUGACUGCCGGACAGGCGAGGACGGACAUGACGAUGAGCACCCUUCAGAGAGAGAACAGGUACCACGAAGAGAAGGCUGCCGAUCUAGAGAGGAAGGUAAGUAAGCUGGAACUGGAACUGAACGCCGAAGAGCAGGAGAAGGCAUUGGCCCAGAAGGCUCUUGGAGACCUGAUGCGGCAGCUGGAGUCAGCAUUGGGUGCCGAGGCUACGGCUGCUGGCAAAGCGCAUCACUUAGUCCAGGAGACGGGGAGGUUAAGAAGUCGAGUGGAAGCGGCAGAGGUAAGGGCUAGGGGCGCCGAAGAGGAACUGCUGGAGUGCCGAGCCGCCCUCGGCAGGGCCACCGCAGAAAGGGACAGCCUCCACACCCAGGCUGCCUCUCACCUCGCGGAGAUCGACAGGAUAAGGCAGGAAAAAGAAAAGUUGGAACUGCAAUGUCGGUUGUAUGAGAGAGAACUUUCAGAGCUGCGGGAUAAACUGACUGGGUUCAGUCGCAGCUUGCAUGUCACGACAGGAGAUAUGCAGAUUCAGGAAGCAACCAUCAGAGCUCUGAAAGAGGAAUUGAAGGACAAAGAAGAAAAAUCACUGCGCCUUGACACUGAAUUAAGGCAUCUUCUAGAAUCACUCGCUAUAUUAUUAAGUUCACCAGUUCGGUUUGUUGAAAGUAACGAGCUGAGUAUAAAGGAAAGAAUCAGAGAUCUUCUCAGUGAUGCAAAAGAUAAAUCUAUGCAAGUCGAUUCUCUUCAUGAAAAAAUUGGUUCUCUGCGGGAUCAAGUUGGUCGUUUGACAGAACAGCGAGGGGAUGACAUGAGACGCUUAAAAGAAGUAGAAGAGGACAAAAUGCACUUGGAAGGGAAGCUCCAGAAAACAGAAGUUGAGUUAUCAGCAUGCCAAGCAGCCAAAGAAGGUCUCCGACGGGACAAAGCUAUUUUUGUAACAUUUCUGGAACGGCUGGCUCGAGCCCUGAACAUGGAGGAAAUAUCCCGAGAAGUGGGAGUGGAUCUUCAUACAGAGUCUAUGUUACUUCGCGCUGAGCAGCUUGCAAAGCUGGAAAGUGAUAAGCUCGCUGAUAAGUCAGCAGUGGUAUACCAGCUCCAACGGAGAGUGAGGAACCUUCGAGAUCAGUUACAAAGGAGAGACCUUCAUCUUGACCUCUUGCGAAAGAAACUUACUUUACAAGAGGACAACUGCAGGACGAAAGGUCUGCUUCAAGCCGAGAGGGACGAAGCUAAUCUUAGGGUGAAGAAAUUAUCGAAGCAAGUAGACAGACUUCAGUUGCAGUUAAAUGAGGCAAGAGCAUUGACGAGAGAUUUAAAGCUUCAGCUCACUGAAAAUAAUGACUAUAAGAUGACCGCAUUAGAAAGAGGGAGAAAAAUUGAUGAACUCCAAAAAAGAUUGGCCGAAUCGGAAAUGCUAAGAACAAGGUGCUCAAGAAAAAUGAAUGUUCUCAAAGAUCAGGUGAGAGUAACUGGAGAAAGCGCUGAAGAAAUGCGUGCGAUGGGUGAAGGCGUGGCCCAAGCAUUGAGGGACGAAGUAGAGUCUUUGAGGAACUCAUUGGCUGAGGCAAGCAGAGCCAAGAGCGCAUUGAAUUCUCUUCGUAAUGCGCUAUGCACUGCUAUUGGCCUGCCUGUCUCUUGUCCUGAUUACGAGCUAAUUUCCAGAGUCACAAAAAUGUCUGAUGCCAAUAGAGAAUUCACUAAAGUUUCCCGCAGGUAUGACACAUUGCCUGCUGUCAGUCCGAGAUUCAUACCGCCUGAUGAUCCAGUGUUGCUCGAUACACCACCAUUGGACGAAAUUGAUUCAGACAUCAACAGUGUAUACAACAAAAGACCUUCUAGAAACCUCCUUACAUAGAAUAGUUUUAUUUUUGUACCCUAAUCAAAACUACUACAGGAAUGAGCAUUUUCUAAUAAUUACGAUUACGGAUUUUUUAGGAAGUGCCAGUAGAGAGAUAUUAAAAUUUGUCUUUAAUAUCGCAUGUAAAAAUGUAUUUAUAAAACA